CUGUUAUUUUCCUGCACAGACGCGGCUAGUUCAAGUUGCCAUAGCAGGGAGAAGCUGAGGGUUGUUCUUCUGUCAGAUAUUACUACACAAAGCGCAAAACCGAUCUCUCUUUUGCGAUAUUUUUAUGACAGCUGCGUGUAUUGCCUCUGUUCUCGCUGAACAUAUGCAGUGUUUUGCAGUUUUACGGUAUUGUUUCAGAGGUAAAUUAGUUGGCUAACGUUGGGUUAGCUAGCUAACGUUCACAGUAGUUGCCACUUGUUGCUAGCCAGGAGGAACAUCACUCACAACAAUGCCCAGGACUGUGAUUGAUUGGGAUGGGGGAAGUGUGAAUUGUAGUGUUUUGCUGGUCAGAUAGUUUUUGGUCUCCACUGGUUGUUAAGGUAACGAUGACAAAGCUUCCAUGGCUGUUUGCUCUAACAAAAAUAUCUAUUGUAAGGAAAAUUCAUAACCAUCCCACUUUGUUCGAUAAUCUGAUUAACGUUACAAUUCACAGUUAGCGUUUUAGCGCCGACGAAGCUAUAUGACUAAUCGUCAUAUUUGCCCUAGUCAGCCGUUUUUCGUCGCCACUUCCGCAGACUUGUCCUAAACUAUGGACACAUCCAGCGAGUCGGAUUCAUACGACAGGGCACGGGAACACAGGCCUCGGGGGCGUGAAGCCCACCGCAGAGAUGGUCGGGACAGGGGCAGAGCCAGUGGAAGUGGAGGUGAUGAACGAGCAGCAGAUAUCUCCGAGAAGAUCAGCACACUGGCUAACACUUUACAGGACACCAGCAGAAACUUGACCAAAGUAGACCGGAUGUUGGGCCAUUACAGGGAGCAUACGGAUGAUCAGGCUGAAGCUAUGGCACUGCUCAGGGAAAACUUGGAGGAGUCAAUCAGUCAGCUGCAGACACAGCGGCUAGGCAGAUCCAAUGGGACUCGGAGUGCUUCAGGUUCGGCCUCUACCCUGCAUACUAGUGACUUGGAGGCUUGCUCAGGUUCAGGCCAGCGUUUCUACCCUACCUCCCCACUGAAGGACUACACAGGCACUGCAGCAAGGAGGAGGAGGUCUCAGUCUGCCGGUGUUCGCUUCAAGGAUUCAAGCCUGACAGGAGAGGAUAUUCAUUCUUUACACCAGUCCUUGAGAGAUCUGCAUUGUGACCAGCAGAGACUGUCUGAUGACCUGGAUAGAGAAAUCCUCAGGAGGAAUAGGUCUGAUAUUGACACGAGGCGUGCGAUGGAGAGCCUCACAGAUCACAUGACAACUUCUCAGAGACAAGACUCAGUGUCAUCUCGCGUGGAGCGACGUCUGCAGGAGCUGGAGAGAGAGAUGCACAUGGAGCAGAGGAGCGUGGAGAGAGAUAGAAGGCCUGAGCAGCGGGUAGCCAUGUCUGACAAGCUGCAGGAGACUUCAGGUAGACGCCAAGUUCAAUCCCAUGAGAGAGAGGAGGCAUUGACAACCAGGUUAUUGAGGGCAGAGAGGGAGAAGUCAAAGAUGGAACAGGAUUUGGAGAGGGCUAGAAGACGACUGGAACAGUCAGAGGAUAGCAGAGAGUCACUCGUUCAACAGGUGGAGGACAUGCAUGGUGAACUGCUGAGGAUGAGGAAAGAGAAGACUGAACUUCAGAGGGCCCGGCUGGAGACUUCUCAGCCUGCUGCUCAGCCACAUGGCAACCACACAGACAGGGAGGAGGGAAGAGGUGGACUGCGAGGGCCAGAUCGUUUAGACCUAGAAAAAGAAGUGGCAGAACUGCGAGUCCAGCUGUGUAAGGCUUCUGUCCUGGGUGAGGUUGAAGAACUGAAGAGGACUUUGGAACGCAAGGAGAAGGAGAGGGUCCAGCUCAGCUUACAGGUGGAGGAAUUGUCAUCAGACCUGGCACGGCGGGAGCAACAGCAGCUACGAAUGCUGGAACAGUUGAGAGAGAUACAGAGCCGAGGACAGGCGGAGAGGAGGGAGACCGAGGCAUUACUCCAAGAGAGCACAAGGAGUAGAGAUGAAUUGAAGACCAGGGCCCAGGAGGCUGUGCGUCAGUGGAGGGCAAAGUGCAAGAGACUGCAGAACGAGCUGGAGGAGGCGCGGGCCCAGGCCCAGUUUCAUACUGACAAGUCCAUGCAGGCAACCAGGGAAAAGGAGAGCUCUCAGGCCCAGCUGAAGGCGCUGAGCCAGCAGGCUGAGGCAGCCCGCAGGGAGCUCGCUGAAAUCCUAGGCCGUUUGGCCCAGCGCGAGGAAGAACUCCACCGCAAGGACGUGGAACUGUCCGAGACCCGCCAGCGCCAGUUGUCACUAGAGCAGGAAAUCCGUGAGGUAAGGGAGACCUCAGCUGCCCUUGAGGAAGAGACUAAGCAUCAGGCUGGCAUCCAAGCAAGACUAAGGGAAGAGAACCAGAGGCUGGAGGAACGAGCUGACACCCAAGCCCGUCGUUGUCAAAGAGAGCAGGACACACAGGCAGAGCUCCAGGCCACCCUGAAGCAGAUGACCUCAGCCCGUACCCAGCUAGCUCAGCGGUUGGCUGAGGAGGAGAGCUCCAGGAAGGAGCUCCAGAAGAGUGCCUCAGAACUACAGGCUAAGCUGACAGCAGUGCAGGGGGAGCGCAAUGCACUGGGGCAACAGCUGCAGCUUGAGAGAGAGGUUCAUCAGAAGGAACUGGACAGCAUGAAAGAAAAGACAGAAGACAGCAGGAUAAAGAAGGAUCGUGAAAUGCAGGAUGCACUAAAGCUCUGCCGUCAGGAGCGAGAUGAAAUGCAGGCACACUUAAAGGAGAUUAAGGCAGACGCAGCGUCAGACAAGGAGCUGUGUGGGGUGCUGCGCAUCAAGUUGGACAGGAUGAAGGAUGAGUGUGAUAAGCUGGCAGCACAGCUGAGCACAAAAGAUGAGACACAUGCACUUCUCCACAGAAAGUACCAUCUACUCAAACAGGAACUGGAUGACAAAGUCAGGUCAGGUGAGCGGAGACAUGCUUUGGAGUCAGAGCUGGAAGAAAAAGUGUUGCGGAUGGAAGCAGAGCAAGAGGAAAUCCUUACCUCUAUGGGCGAGGAGCUAGAUGCAGCCUGCCGCAGCCUGGCUAAGAAUGGUGAAGACAAACUACAGGCAAUCUCACAGAAACCUGGAUUAGUGAAAGACCCCCAUCGCUGGCUAGCUGAGACAAAGACAAAGCUCCGCUGGCUUUGUGAGGAGGUGCGGGAGCGCAACACAAGAGAACAACGCCUGAGGAAGCAGCAUCAGCAAACCAGGGAUCAGUUGAAGGCCCUCAGGCAGAGCCGGGACUCAGAACAGGCUGCUCUCCUCCAGCGCCUGGACCAACAGGAGAAGCUGCUGCACUCCCUUAGCACUGAAAAAAAAGAGCUAUUGGAGAAGAGUCGCAGGAAGGAGGAAGAAAUGAGAAGCCUGCAGGACCGUGUUUUGGAUCUAGAGAUGAACACAAGAGUAGCCCUGGACCACUUGGAGUCACUUCCUGAAAAACAAUGCCUGAUGGAAAACUUCAAAGAUUUGGAGGAGUCACAGCGGCAAAGGGAAAUGGUCGAGCAGCGCUACACCAAAUACAAAGAGAUCGUCUGGGACCUGCAGCAUCAGCUGGAUGAGUCCAAACGCAAAGUCCAAGAGUGCAUAGACGAGAAGCUGGACGCCACAUCCAGGAGCCUGCGACUGGCUGCUCUUUCCUCCUCCAUCAAAGGCCCCAGCUCGUUCUUUAACAGCUCGCUGAUGUCUGACACACUGUCUCCUCACAAACGCCUGACCAGUUCAGACAUGGAUGACUCCACAGUCAACGGGGCUAAACCUCUCACAGAUUAGCUCAACCUCAAGUGAACUUUUAUCUGUAUCUCUACAAACCCAAACACACUGUGCUUACAGCUGAUUCUACCUGCCUGGUGCUCAUCCAGAACAAAGAACAACUUGACUACACUAGGAGGCCUUGCACUCGACACUAAUCCUCCUCGACUACCUCAACCAGGCAAUCACUGAAGGUGCUUGAGACCAGAAGGAUAAGAUGUGAGAUUUCACAGCAAAGUUUGAGAGGGACUCUGAUGGAGGAGAUAUGUUUCUACACUGUAAGUGAGGAUAUACUAUAAAGUGUAUUCAUUGUAUUUAUUAGAACCUGAAUUGAAUGUAUUUAAUGGGUUUGAAAAGGUUUUAAACCAAAAUAGUUUCUGUUACAUUUUUUGCCAUAAUUCCAACAUUCUAGCCACUCAACAGCUGUUUUAAAUAUUAUUUACCUUGUGUCCAAUUUGUACUCUUAAUCAUGCCAAUGUGCUGAAAUGACUUAUAUACAGUAACUAUACAAACUGGUGCCUUUUGAACAAUAUGCAGUUUUUGUUGUUUUACUAACAUACUGGGGCGUCUUUAUCAUGAAAAUGUGACAAACCUGUUGUUUUUUUUUCUGUUCUACCAUCUGUUUUAAUGUAUUGACCAAUUUUCUUUAUGACUUUGUUUUUUGUUUUAUGCGGUAUAUAUUUGUAACAGACAAUGAGCACAAAUGGAUGUCUAUUUUAUAUGAAAUGCAAAAGAAGUAUAUGCACUAUGAAUAAAUCUCCAUCCAGCUAAAUGUCUGGUUUUAUAA